UUUCAGCCAGCCCAUGGGCUUCUCUCCCCACCCCCAGCUUCAUCUUCCACUAGGAGGAGCCUCACAUACACAGGAAUGGAUGCCCCAGUCCAAACUUCCAGGCUCUGGCACCAUGGUCUGUCUUUGGGAGAAUGGCUCAGGGAAGAGUCCAACACAGGCCCUCGAAGCAGUUUGAAGAGUCGAAUGAUCUUGGAUGCCUUUGCCCAGCAAUGCAGUCGAGUUCUUAGUCUCUUAAAUUGUGGAGGAAAGCUUCUGGACUCCAACCAUUCCCAAUCCAUGAUUUCUUGCGUAAAGCAGGAAGGCUCGAGUUAUACUGAAAGACAGGAGCAGUGUCCCAUCGGGAAAGGGGUCCACAGUCAGACCUCAGAUACCGUAGACGUAGACAUGCAAUAUGUGCAAAGGAAACAACAGACUUCUGCCUUUUUGAGGGUUUUCACUGAUUCCCUACAAAAUUACCUGCUCUCGGGGAGCUUCCCGACUCCAAACACCUCAUCGGUCAGUGAGUACGGCCACCUGGCCGACGUGGAUCCUCUGUCAACCUCCCCCGUGCAUACACUAGGUGGCUGGACCUCCCCGGCGACCUCUGAAUCCCAUGGUCACCCAUCAUCUUCUACUCUGCCAGAGGAGGAGGAAGAGGAGGAAGAGGAAGGCUACUGUCCGAGAUGCCAAGAGCUGGAGCAGGAGGUUAUUUCACUGCAACAAGAAAAUGAAGAGCUCAGACGGAAAUUAGAGAGCAUCCCAGUGCCCUGCCAGACCGUCUUAGAUUACCUGAAGACCCUGCUGCGGCAUCACAACCAGCUCCUGGCCCCUCAGCCCGCCGACCAGCCAGCCGAGGGGAGCAAGCAGCUGCUGAACAACUAUCCUGUCUACAUAACGAGCAAACAGUGGGACGAGGCUGUAAAUUCUUCCAAGAAAGACGGGAGGCGGCUCCUUCGAUACCUCAUCAGAUUUGUUUUCACAACCGAUGAGCUUAAGUACUCAUGCGGCCUUGGGAAAAGGAAAAGGUCAGUGCAGUCAGGAGAGACAGGUCCUGAAAGACGCCCUCUGGAUCCAGUUAAAGUAACAUGCCUCCGAGAAUUCAUUAGGAUGCACUGUACCUCCAACCCCGACUGGUGGAUGCCCUCGGAGGAGCAGAUCAACAAAGUGUUCAGCGACGCUGUGGGGCACGCCCGGCAGGGGCGGGCGGUGGGGACUUUCCUGCACAAUGGCGGCUCGUUUUACGAAGGGAUCGAACACCAGGCUUCCCAGGAUGAGGUCUUCAAUAAAAAUUCUCAGGAUGGGUCUGGGGAUUAGUGGACAAAAUCUGGACACUGUAGCAGCUGGUCCUCUCAAGGGUUCCAGUUGUCAGUGUCCGGUUACCAUCACCUGAGAGUCCAAAGCACGUCCUUCUGCCAGACUUGACACAUCUCAAACCUUAAGUCUCUGACCUACUGCCACAGUUCCCAAAUAGAAAUCCACUGUAGGGUUGUUGGGGAAGUCUAUGGAACCUGCAACAGGCUUUCAGAUUCUAAAAAGAAAAAAAACCACAAUUGCAUUGAAUUGAUUCCUGGCUAGACAGGGUGAAAACAAUAGGUGAGCUGUGGUCACCUGUCUGAAACCUUCACGUAAGCUCUGCUUCCUGAGCAGAGCUGGUCCCCACAGAAGACUGGGCUAGAGUAGAGAAGAUAGAGACACGGAGUUAUUGUAAGAGACAACGAACAAACAUUCUCUUUAAAUAGUUGUCUUUAUAUUUUCCAAAGACUUGAAUUCAUACUUUCAGCAAAGACAAUAGGAUAAGUGACACUGUGCUGUCUCGACAUUGACAAGGCCUAUAUGAAAAAGCCAGAGAAAAGAGGUCCCUGCUAGACAAUGAUUUGUUGGAAAUCACCUGGGGUUUUUUCAGUUAUUUUAGAAACACCCCCCCCCCCGCCGCAUGUUGAUCAGAAAGGCAUGACAUGAUCUCUGGAGUUUACAAACUAAGUUUUCAUUAUGUCAGUCAAGAAACCUCCAAAGGUUCAAAACCCUUUUUAAAUGCUUGAUUUGGUAGGUUCAUAGACCCACAGGUUCCACAGCCUUCAUUCCGACUUUGUUGACGUAAUGCCAGAGUGAUGGGUUGAGCAAUGAGCGUUGCAAUCAGUUGUUUGGUGCACUGAAGACCAAACAAGUGGUGUGACUGAUGGUAUUCACUGAAUUGACCGGAUGUGCUGGAAUUGGAUACAUACAGCUUCAAGGCCAUGCUGACAAUUAUGCAAUGGGCUUGUCUGUAAUUGCUCUGAAAUGUGAGGGUCUUCCUCUGAGUAGAUCUUUAGAAUUUGCAUAAACUUUUGUUUCUUGUUGUCACCAAUGAAAAUGUUUCAUCCCAACUGUUUUGCUGCUUCGCGCCUCCCUCCCGCCCCCCGCGCCAUGUUCCCUUGAACUACAAGCUCUAGCUAAGUUCACUGGUUUUCUCCCGUUUAAUUGGUUGAGCUCCGUCUGUGAAGUUACUAAUGUCUUUGGGAGCAUUCCUUACGUACAAACCGUGGAGAUGCAUUGCACGGCCAGUUCGAAUGCAUCUCCCAGGCCCGGGGCCUAAGACCAGUUGCCGUGUGUGUGUGUGUGUGUGUGUGUGUGUGUGUGUGUGUGUAUGUGUGUUUUUGAGGGCUUCGGGUUUGGAUGGCAGGAACAGCUUCCUCUAUCACACUAAUCCGAUUAUUGCAUUCUUUUUUUUUUUUCUUUGUAGAGCAUAGGGCUAAAUGGGCAGAAGUUAUUGAAGGUUAUUAAUGUUGUCUACAGACAUGACUAAGGGUUUUGAAAAUUGGUUGGAAAUUCAUUUAAGGUUUAUGAGCAUCCGUUUAUAAAGAGUGGUUUUUGUAACCAUUUUUUGUGACAGUAAAUUAUCCUUUAUGUUUGAUAAUUAGCACCAACCAUAUGCACGGUCCUGGAAAUAGGUCUGUCUUUAGCUUUUGUUAGGAUUAUUAGUUUCAUCCAUUGAAAAGUUUAAUGUUUAUAGAGAUGGUCCUUUGUCAGAUCUGUUCAGUGGUGUGGGGAGAACUAAUACGUCAAUCCUGUUUUGGGCAAGUUAGCUAAAAUUUGUAAGUAAAGGAAAGGUUAAGGGCAAAUGUGAUGUUGGUUAGGGGAACCAGGAGACUACUAUCUUUGGCUAUCUAAGGGAAAAAGAGAUUCUUUGAGGAGUUUUCAGAGGUCUGAGAAGUCAGUGCCUUACAAGAUCCUUUGGUGACAGGAAAUCUUGGCCAGAUGCAAACUAUCACCAUAACCUUCUCUGUCUUUCCAUCUUACCUUUGCUUUUUUUGCAUUAGGCUCUAGUUAUCCUUACUGCUGAGGGCAAUGUCCUUUUUUUUUUUUUUCCCUUUAGCAACAAUAUUUGACCACUGUUCAAAAAACACUUCCAACUCUUUUUCCUGCAAGCUUGAGAAUUCAGCACAUCUUCACAUCGAAGCAUCUUCGUGGUGCUCUGUGUUGUGCUGGUCUUGACCGCAGGGGAUGAUGAGAGCAUCUCUGCUCUGCGUCCCCAUAGCCCUGUGUGUCGGCGUGCCUAAAGAUGAAGGGCUCGCACCACCACUGGGAGAGAGGGCGACGGGAACCUUCGGUUUGGCUGUAAUUAGCAUCCCCUGAGAAGGCUACUAGGGUAGAUCUGCCUCCCAAGCUCCCCAGGCACAUCUGGUCUCCCUCCCGUCCCCCCAUUCCAGGUGACUGAUUUCUCUAGCUGCUGUUUCCCAGUAUUCAGCAAUGUGAGCCAUCUCUUAGCACAUGAGGAAACCAAGACCCAGGCAGGUGACUGGCUUCCUCAGCAUUGCACGGCCAUGACGUUCUCCGCCGUGUGUGUGUGUGUGUGUGUGUGUGUGUGUGUGUGUGACCUAAGAGAUUUAUAAGGAUUAUAGAGGUAUAAAUUGUUAGAGGGUAUUAUUUGGUCCAACUACUCCACAUGUCAGAUGUGUGGAAUGCUUUUUUUAGUCCAGUAGCUAUUCCUGUAACAUCAGGCGUUUUCCCCAAAUCUAGACAAAAAUACAAACUUAGGAAUCUACAGGUUCGUGGUUUCUACAUUUUCCUACCACCUUUAAUGUCUUGCCCUCCCUCCUGUUGCUCUCAGAAAAUGGGUGGAGCAUCAUGUGAAAUGAAACACGCACGGUUUUCAGAAAAGCAAACCUAUGUUUGCCCUCAUUUGGAUUUCAUCCUAUAACCUGUGCUCUAGAAUCUAAACCUGAUACCCACCAACUACCUCCUUAGUUUUUUCUUAGAUUUCAGUCGUUUGUUAAGAUCUCAUUCUUGGAUAACUUUAUUUUUAGAAAAGAUUUAAACCUAACUUUUCUCAUUCAGUGCUAUGUCAUUUCACAGUACAGAUCUAUAAUUUUUGAGCGCUCUCAUACAAAUUUCUAGAAAUGUAAUAGAAAACGAUUUUGCACAUAUGGCACAAGUCUUGCUGGUGUAUGUUUAAUGUGGCAACACUUGCCGUAACUGCUUGGUAAAACAUGUCAGCUAGACCGCUUGAGUCAGAACUCUAGUGCAAAUGUGUCCAAACAGCGGUAUGUAGCGUUAUGAUAUAUUUUUGUAAACAGAGUGAUGGCUGCUCUCCAUCGUGUAAGUACUGGAUAAAAAUAAUCACUUCCCUUGGGAUAAGGUAGGAAGAUGCUCCCCAGCUGAUGGCCCUCUGCAAAGUCACUUGCAUUGUCAGCCAGUAAGUAGCAUUUGUGUUUUUUAGAGAGUGAAGGACUGAUAGCCGACAGCUGAGUGCAAGAAUACCAAGCCACCAGUCCUAGCUUCCUCGUGUGUAAAGUGCAGAACCAGAACAGGCAGCGUCUGCACAUGAGAGACCACUCUCACCCUCCGUGGUGUGUUCAGUUGCAGGAGACACUGAGAGGACUGGACUUGGUGUACCUAAUGACCAGCUUGGUCAGUUUGCCUACUGAAGCUCUGAAUUUACCAAAUCUCUGUGCUACAGGUGGCCAGAUGAACUUUCCUUGUGACCCUCUAUAGCUGACUGAUACGAGGUCUAGGUGUUCGGUGAAUCACAGUUCCCCAAAUUAUAAUGAAAAUACAUCUACUAAGAAGACUCCUUUAGAAUAAUUGCCCCAGUACAAAUGGCCACGUGGGUGCUGGCCACGUUGGAAAACUGUUCAGGCCCACACCGCCAAGCCACUCACAACAACCUGUACUAACUGUACUAACUGUAGCUGAUAGUCAUUGAGUUCUUGUUUUGCAGGUACUCUGCAAAGCACUUUAGUGCAUUGUCUCCUUUUAAUCCGCACGGCCACCCUCCGAGGCGGUUACUGUUGUCCCAGUUGAUCCAUAAAGACACUGCCCGAGGUGCUCCGCUAACAAGAGGAUUACUUUGGGCUUAGUAAACAGGGUGACUAGUUCAGUUUUCCCCAGUAGUCAACGCAGAGUUGUCAAAACCCAUCAACACUUUGGAAUGGAUUUUGUUUAAUUUAUAGCAUCGAGGGAAAGAUGAUAUUUGUGUUACUAAAAACUAUCUUUAAGGUAUGUUGAUGCUUAAAUAGGACCUUAUAAACCAUAUCUACUCUGGUAACUGCCCGGGUUGCUGCGUAAGACUUGACUUAACGUAAGAUUCUAUGUUGAAGAAGUUCUAAAGCAGUGAAUAAAUUAAAAUUGCUAAUUUGUUCACAUUUGUUUCAUAGGUUUCCUGUACAAAAAUGCAGGGAUAUAAAAGAAAACUUUGAACUCAGUGAAGUGAUAAUCUUUGGGAACUCCUAGGUGUUAGAAAUGGCACUGGGCAUCAGUUAGCUAAUGUUUCAUUCGCUUUUUCACAUUUGUUGUAUUUGUAGCCUUAGAAUUGGUAAGUCUGGUUUGGAAGAGAGGGAUUUCAUUUAUGAUGUCACUGUGAGACCUGUUGUGAAGAUUUUGUAGGAAAAUACAGUAAUCUGUCGAUUCUUUCCUGUCGUGAUGGCUUUAACAUCUCUUUGGCUGUGUUUAAGUUCAAGAGCCUGCCCGGCCACGCAGGCCUGGCUUUUGUGUUUCUUGGGAACAGGGCAUGCCAGACCGUGAGGUGGGUCCUGAAACGUUCAAGGCCACUGGUCCAGCCCGACUCUGCCCAGUGUAAGCAUCGCUCUCCGUCUCUCCUCUCUGGAACUUCAUGUAGCAGCCUAACCCUGGGGCCAACUUGCCUUUACUCUAUUUUCUAUGAUGAACACUUGUGGAAAAACUGUGACAGAUCCAUUGAUCCUAAUAUUUUUAUUGUUGGAGUCUUGUUGAUUCUCUAUGAAUAAUUUCUAUUUGAUUGUACUGUGUAGAAUUAAUACCCACUAGGGAUAUGUUAAUAAAACUAUAAAUGCAUAGUGUAAUAUAGAAUAGCAAGAUUUUUUUGUGAACAAUUUAUAUAGAAAAGUAAGUCAUUUUUUAAGUGUUAGGCACAUUUCUUUUAGGAACUUAAAAUGUUAUAAGAGUUUUUUAAACAUUCAAUAUUUUUAAUUAUAAGAAACAUUUGUUACUAGAGCCAGUUAUUUCAGGUGUUCUAAUUGGAGUAUUGAUUUUAUUACCUCAUAUACCUCUAGAAUGCCACAUGUUCUGUUGGAGAUAAAA